UUGACGUUUCUUUACAGGUUAAGUUACCAAAAAAAUUUGAAAAAAUAAUUAAAAUUGAGAAAAAAUAGUCAAUACAUCAUAAAUAAUAACGAAUCUUCAAAUUUUUUUCUCUUGAGUGCAAAAAAUACCCUUAGCCUAUAGGGAAGCUGAGAAUAAACUGAUUUGACCACAAUUCAAACGAAUGAAAAAAUAAAUUAAUUCGUAUAUAUAAGUAUUUUCGCAAUUUGGCAUGAAAUAUGUGCUCUGCUAAAUUAGCAUCGGGGUGGAAUAUCUCUCAACAAGGAUUGAGUAUAAUAUCUCAAAAUAACGUUAUAACAGAUCAAAAUAUACUAUUGAAAAAUGCAUUGAAUGCUGACUUGAAGGAAAUUGGAUCACCUGUUCUCAAUAAAGAAUCAAAUAAAAAUCAAAUACCAGAAUUAGUUCUGCAGAUACAGAAAAUUCGCAAUGUAGCUGCACCAAAGGCAAAUGAAGAAUCUAAUGCAGCACCUAGAAUGUUGAAAUUGACUUUAACUGAUGGAGAAACAUUUGUUCAAGCUAUUGAAACUUCCAAUAUUCCAUCUAUAAGCAGAGAAAAAACUCCACCAGGUUCUAAACUUUUAUUGAAAAAUGUUAAAAUUGUAAAUGGGUUUUUAUGUUUGAAUCAGAGUAAUACAAAGUUACUUGGAGGAAAUGUACCUCAUUUAUUUGAGAAGUGGGAAGUGGCUAAGAGUGUGCAGCAUCACAACAGGAUUACUGCUUCUAUUGAUGGUCCACCUGCUUGGGUUAAUUUUGGCUUCAAAAUAUCCAAUACUGGGGAUGAACGUAAAGUGACAGAUAAUGGUAAAACAAAAGAACAGCCUAAAGAAAAUACAGAAUUUGAAAAUUUGAGAAAAGAUGCUAUUGCUGAAGUUGCAACUGGAGCAGUGAAAAAAGUAUUUGCAUCUGGAGCCAAACUUGUUCAUACAGCUCCUAGAGUUGAUACUUACAAAGGAAGAAAUGAAGGGGGCAAGCAUUCUAAUAGAAACAGAAAAGAGCCUAAAUCCCCAAAAGAGAGUAUAUCGCAAAAACCUUCAGAUAAAGUCUCCUUAUUUGAUUUCCUUGAGAAUAAAUUACAAAUAGCGAAUGGUUCUGGUAAUGUGAAACCAAAACAAGAAGAGAUUAGCGAAAAGUAUUCCCAAAAAACUGUUACAGAAGAUAAGAAAAACUACUAUUCUAGUUACCAUAAAGAUUCAAUACCAAAGAAGGAUUAUGGCUAUAAUGAUAAAAGAAGUAGUUCAGAAUUUCAUUACAAUCAUGAAUAUAAUAACUGGAGCAAUUGCAAUAUUCAAAAACAACCCUCAUUUCGUAGAGAUCAAGAAUCUAAUAAAAAGGAAUAUAAAAAUCGGGAUCAUCAAAGUUAUGAACAGAUAAAAGUUCAUAAAGAAUCUGCAAAAGGAUAUGAUAAUAAAUACUCAAAUAGGUAUAAUACCAGAGAGUCUCUUAUCAAGAACAAUUCAAGUACUAAACAUGUUAACGACAUGCAAUCGACCAAAAUUUCACUUGAUCACAUCGAGAAUCAAACCAAUAAGAACAGUUCAAAUGUUUCAAAAAAUAACAAAGUAUGUAAAAGAAAUGAGGAAGAAAAAAUGCAUGAUAAUUGGCAUUACAGAGCUCCUAACCCGAAUAAUGUUGAGCAGAGUAAAAGUAGCAGUAUUGUUGAGCAGAGUAAAAGUAGCAGUAAUGUUGAACAGAGUAAAAGUACCAGUAAUGUUGAGCAGAGUAAAAGUGGCAGUAAUGUUAAUGAAUUAGCAGAACAUGUUGCUAAAAUGUCUGUAGGUGGUGAAUUUGCUAGUAGGAGUUUGAGACAACAUCUGAAUUUACAGGGAAAAAAAUCGAAUGUAACUAAAAGCAACCGCGAAAGCAUUAGAAGUAACAAUGGCAUUGUAGGAAAUGAGUGUCUGGCAAAAUAUUGGGAAGAUAAUAAAUUCUAUCCAGCCAUUAUAACUGCAUAUACAGAAAACACUUAUGUUGUUCAGUUCAAAGGUUAUGGUAAUUUCGAAGAGGUUCUGAAGUCUGACUGCAUGCCAUUAGAUGAGGAAAAAGAGGAGAAAAAGAAAUACCAUAAGGGAAGUCUCGAGUUUCGACGAAAUCCUAAGAAGUUUGAAUAUAGCUAGUUGGAACUUCCAUAAGGUUGAUUUGAAUCAGACCAAAUUCAUAAAUUGAUUGAAAUUCUUCAUCAUAUACUAAUUAUAAAGUGGAAUUUUAAGGCAUGUGUAUAUCUAUACUUUUACCAGGUUUCCUACUUUGAUAUUAAUUAUUCCUGCAGUUCAAUACAAAAUGUAACUAUUUAAUUGGAAUAAAAAUAUAAAUGUGU